UUCUGGUAAGUGACACGGCUGGCCUUUGGCAUCAUGCCUGGCAUGAUCACAUGUCACGCCAGUGUGUGUGUGUGUGUAAUUCCACAUGAAUGACUGUGUGUGUAUAAUGUAUAAUUCCAGCAGGGCAGAGCUCACAAGGACUGUAAACACUUCAGAGCUCUGAGCAUUUGACACUUUAGUGGACUUAUUUUGAGGAUCGAAGCCGUUUUUAUCGCCGCUGAAGAUUUCCUCGCAGAUGACCUCUCGUCUGCGCUGUCCACCGUGUCUUCCUGAAAGCGGGCCGCCAUGUCCCAGAUGCUACACGUGGAGAUCCCAAACUUCGGCAGCACAGUGCUGGGCUCGUUGAACGAGCAGCGCUUAACGGGCCAGUACUGCGACGUCUCCAUCCUGGUGAAGGGUCAGGCCUUCAAGGCUCACCGGGCCGUGCUGGCGGCCAGCAGCCUGUAUUUCCGCGACCUCUUCAGCAGCAGCACCAAAGCCCAGUUCGAGCUGCCCUCGUCCGUCACGCCGGCCUGCUUCCAGCAGAUCCUCUCCUUUUGCUACACCGGCAAGCUCACCAUGGCGGCCAGCGAGCAGCUGGUGGUCAUGUACACGGCCGGUUACCUUCAGGUUCAGCACAUCGUGGAGCGGGGCAUGGACCUCAUGUUCAAAGCCAACUCGCCCCACUGCGACUCGGCCACGGCCGCCAUGGACGAUCCGGGCUCGGAGCCGCAGAGUCCCAAUAACAACCCCGCCUCCGUGCUGGGACCGCCGGGCUGGUCUCCAUCUCUGUCGGCUCAGGCUCGCCGAAUCAAGCUGGAGGGCUCCGAACCUCUGGUGAACUUCGGAGGGGUUAAAAGACCCGUCAACAGCGACGGGGGACGUUCGGGGCGAGGCGGUCCGGUGUUCUACGCUGGGGCGACGGGCGUUUUCCCGCUUGGUGUCCCGUCGUAUUCUGUGGCCCCCGGAGAGCGCUCCAGUCCGGGAGCGUCCAGCCUUCCGACCACCGACAGCCCAACGUCAUACCAGAAUGAAGAUGAUGAGUUUGAGGAAGAGUCGUUUGACGCUGAGGAGAGCUACGGUCAGCUGUGUGGUCGCUCCGCUAACCCUUACGAGAUUUCAGAGAAAGCAGACGUGGCCGGGAUGGCGCUGGAGAACCGCUCCUGUGUUCUGCUUCGCCGGGAUCUGGUGGCUCUGCCCGCCAGCCUCAUCAGUCAGAUCGGUUAUAGAUGUCACCCCAAACUCUACACGGAGGGCGACCCCGGAGAGAAGCUGGAACUGGUGGGAGGCACUGGUGUGUUCAUGACCAGAGGUCAGCUGAUGAACUGUCACCUGUGCGCUGGAAUCAAACACAAGGUUCUCCUCAGACGACUCCUCGCAACAUUUUUCGACAGAAACACGUUAGCAAACAGCUGUGGGACGGGGAUAAGAUCCUCCACCAGUGACCCCAGCAGAAAACCCCUCGACAGUCGAGUCCUCAAUGCUGUCAAACUCUACUGUCAGAACUUUGCACCCCACUUCAAAGAGAGCGAGAUGAACGUCAUCGCCGCCGACAUGUGCACCAACGCUCGGCGCGUGCGGAAACGCUGGCUGCCCAAGAUCAAGUCCAUGCUGCCGGACGGGAUGGAGGUUUAUCAGGGUUCGUCCGCGGCCGUCGGCGUGGGUCUGGCCAUUGGCGGCCUCCCGCUGGCCGUUCAGAUGCCCUUCGAGUCUGACUUUAAGAAUCUCCUUCCGUCGGGCCUAGAGCAGAGGAUUUACGCCGAGCGCAAAGACCCCAUGAGAACUCACUCGCUGAUGGACGCCGACGGCUCUGAUCUGCCCGCUGAGGAGACCCAGACGAGACCACGGCUCGAGGAAGAGGAUGAGGAGGAAGAGCCGCAGACCGACGGCCUGCCCGGAGCUGAGGGCGGGGUCGGUGUGGCCACGCCUCCCACGGGCCAGCAGGAGGAGGAGUUUGUGGAGGGUCUGAGAAUAAACGGGCAGUGAGGGGCCAGCGUUGAGACUCGGUACAUAUCCUCCAUGUGAAUCCACACUGAAGGGAAUUCUGGGAAAUAAUGCACUUAUGCAUGUGCUGUUGCAUUUUAUUAACCUGUUGAAACCGGUGUGUUCAUCUGAGCUCGCCUAAUGAAAAACAGCAGAAACAUAUGAGGGAUGGUGCAAACGUUUGACACAUGCGCCGGAGAACAGCUCUGGUCUUGUGAGGACCUUCAUUGCGAAACUCAACGCUUUUCUUCCGUUCUCAAUAUCACGUCGGCACAAAAAUAGCAGUUGGAUGAUUCUCAUGAAAACAUGUCCAGGUCACAUUUUUCUUCAAAAUCAAAAGAAACAAGAUUGUGAAAUGAUAUACAUUAUUUAUUGACAGCUAUGCACCCUCCCAAUUCUCCGUCAAGUGACGCAUUUUAAUAAAAUACGCUUGUGGUUACUUUUCAAUAUAUUGAUCUUUACAUUACAAUAAUAGGAAUUGUUGUUUUGAAUGAGAUGAUAAGAGAUUAGAGAUAAACUACCUAACUGUCAUGAAAAUAAUGUCUACAAAUCAAAAGAUUGUAAUGAUAUUCAUGAUCCGUAUUUUGGGGUGAAAUUUGACCAGAACAUGUUUCAUAAGGUUUAUCUGCAGAAAGGUCACACAUAACAGCUGAAAGAUCAUAGAAAACAAGAAACGACAGGAAAAAUCGUUUCGCAAAAAUUGAUAGUUUAUUUUGUGUCUUUCAUAUCUGACAUGUACAGACGGACAGACACAACACAACACGUAUGACGUCAGACUCUGAUAUUUUCACGAAUCCCUCAUGCUGAAGUGUUAACUGCUAGACUGAGCGCUCACUUUAACCGCCGGCGUUUAAAAUCAUAGAAACACACAGCUGCACUAGAAAAGAUUGUUUGUCACUCUGUUGUGAUCUAAACGAUGCUUUGGGUUUGUACUGUAAACGGUCUAAUGAAGCGACUCUAAGAACAUUUGCUAGCUUUAUCACAUUUGCACUUGAUUGGAGUUAAAGAAGCUUCGACUGGUGAGAAAGAGAGACGAUGACCGGCAGACGUGCACAGCUGUGGCUUACAGGUGGCUAAUGUGUAUUAAUUCAUAAGACGUGAACUUUACUACAGCAUGCAAUUAUUAGAAAAAAUCAAUAGUGAAACCACGCCCCCAAACCUAACCGCCGCUCGAGCAAAAGCAGAUCGUACAAAUUCAUAGGAAUUAGCCACCUCGUAAAUCAGUUAGUAUAUUAAUUCUCCUGAGAUCGUGCUGUUUUUUCACUUUCUUUACAGUGUGUUUUCUGUUCGUCCGUCACGUGAGCGUUUGGCUAACCACACAAUGACAUAUUCUGCGUUGUGUAACAGUUUCAAAGGUGAUAAAACACGGUUUUCAUUAACACGUCGACGUGUCCCACCACUCCAUUGAACUACCAUGUGUGGCCCAUGAAUCUCACAAAAACAUCCCCCAAAAUCAAAAGAAAAAUGUCCCGGAUUGAUUUUAAUUUUUGGACAACGAACUUUAUUGUCUUUGUCUCCUCCUACGGUGAAUCGGUGACAGGGAUUAUUUAAGGGAUGUAGUGUUUGUGCUAAUAAAUAAUAUGAAUAAUAAUACAAUAAAAAUAGGUUACAUAUAUGACACAAUACAGUGACUGCAAUAUAAUGUGCUAAUUUAUCAUAAAGAACGUCUGUAAAUAAUUAUAAUGGACUUUAAAUGUCUUUUAUUUGAAGCACAAGCUUUAGUUCUUCUGCAAAAACCAAAGUUUUUGCACAUGUGACCUUCAUGAGUUUUUACAUUUUACAGUGAAAGCAAUUUUUGAUUAUAUUAUUAUAAAUAUUUCUUUCUUUUGAUUUUGGGGUUGAGAGAUGUCCUGGACACUUUUGUGAGAUUUAACUUGCUGCAAUCUGUAACUUAGGUUCAAAAUAAACAAAAAUCAGUUAUUGCGCAAAUACAAAAAAGCAACAACUGUAAGCUUACGACGAUAAUUUAGCAUUUGAGCUGUCGAGUAUAAUUUCCCGAGAAAUGUUGGUUUCGAUAUAUAUAAUCACGUAAAGCUGCAAGCUUCUAACAGAUCUGGGCUGGGUUUCCCAAAACCUUCGUAUCACUACGCCGUUCUUAAGAAUAUAUUGCUAGCCUAAGAAUGACGUUUGGGAAACCCAGCCCAGGUGAUUUCUGUGAAAGUCUCAGAUUGCAACUUUAAUGACACAAAACUAGAAUAAGAAAAUGGUGUGGUGUGUGAAAUGAAUGAGGUAGUGUCAGAAUCUCCAGGUGUGUUGGGUUGUCACAGAAUCUCAUGGUGUUUUACAGUAAAUGCAUUUCAUCCUUUCACAAAUGAUUUUCGCUGGCACUUUGUGUGUGUGUUGUGUUUAGCACCGCCUGUAUUUAACACACACACGUGAAACAACUCGAGCAGUAAUGUUCUUUAUCUUCAGCAAAAGUUUUUAAGCUUGAAAUGAAACUCGUCUCGUCUGUGUUUUCAGCCAAAUGCGGCGAUGGCAAAUAUUAUAUGUGUCUUACAGAGGAGAACCGUCUCUUCUAGAUUUGCAGUCGAAGGUUUUUGUUUGGUUGUUUUGAGGUUGAAAACACAUUGUGCCUUAUUGUGAUUUAUCAAUGCGAUAAAACCUUCAUUAUGGCUCGUUUGUGAUGAAAAAUGAUGCAAAAAGGCUGCAUGCAGUUGCUUUUUUUUAGUUGAACGACCGUGAUGCAACACUCCUGAAGAUUCUGACGUGAAGAGAAACAUCGGUGUGGCUUGUUUGAAGAUGUCUUUGUGUGAUCGAUAUUCAUUUUUUGCAUUUGUGCAGUUUGGGAUCUGUACUGAAUGUUUUAACAUUUGCUGAAACAAGUGAAUAAUCCUACGUGUGUUUCACACACGUCUUUCGCCACAAUCCCCCAAUAUUUUCACAUCCGUGCGUCUGUUUGCCAACCUUCCGUGUAUCUUGUUUUUAUCUGCCAACGAUAUGUUUGAAGCUCUGAUGUCGAUGUGAAUUCUUUGCACUAGAUCUGCUGAGCAUUUCAGAGAAUGUCCUGUCUGUUUGUUACGGCAGCCUAAAUACAUGUAACUUAUAGAUUUAUGUUUAUAUUGUAGAAUUAUUCCUUUUAAAAGGCCUUGUGUUAUAACAGCACUUUGGGUUAAUGCCAUUGCUUUUGCACAUCCUGAGAGAGAGAGAGAGAGAGAGAGAGAGAGAGAGAGAGAGAGUGUUUGUGUCCUGACUGAUCUAAGGUCUGUGCAUGUGUCUUUGAGAUCACAAAACCAAAUUCUGUAUCUGGAUAUGAACAUAUUUAUUAUUCAGAUCCCAGUAUAAAUAUCACACUAACGAUCAUUGAAUGUCAAUAAAUCGCAACUCGUUCAUGGGACAUCCUCAAAAAGGUCAAAGGUCAUAUUUCACCCCAGAAUCAAAAGAAAAAGAAUGUUGCAUGAAAAACGACAUUUGCAACUUAAUUAUUACAGUUUUUAUUAUAACACCGAGUUGAAUCCAGCAGAAACGUGCACGUCACAGUAUUGUCCAGUAAUGUGAUUUAUGGGUAAACAUGGUGUCAUUUUUUUUUUUGAAUAUCUGAUUUUGCGGUCAAAUGUGACCUGGUGUUUCCUGAGACGUGUCAUGUCAUUCAUACUCUUUAGAUGCUGUUUAACCAAAUGACGUACUCUUCCCAUGACUCUUCACCUAUAACUGCAUGUUUCUCUAGACUCAACACGUGCGAGAAUGUGUCGGGAGCGCGAGUCCACGUGCACUACAUUGGUGUGAUUGUUUUCAUCGUUAAUAAUGGCAGCACUUUAAACGCCUCACGGUUUGUGUGCAGGUUGGUGGAAUGUUUCAAGCCAUGAGCUCACAGCGCAGACAAUCAGAGGCAGCGCGUGUUUCUCUAACGUUUCGGCUUUUUGAUACGUGACCGAAGACUCAAACGGGAUUGAAAUGUUUGUCAAGCUUUGCCUGGUGUGUCCUUACCACACAAACCUGCUUUGCAUUAAAAACAAGCAAAGUCUAUUGUUGAUAUGAGAAACGACUAAAUCUGCAAAAUGUCACUGUUGUGAUGAAUAAAAUCUUGAUUCCCGGUUCAUUUCUGUGCAGCGGCUGUGUUGUUCUUGGACUGAUGACAUCGUGUUGUGUGUAAAGCUGAUUUCUUAUCAAAUGUCAUACCCAAUGGUCUGCUUUUUAAUAAAGUUACACAUUUCACACAA